AUGCUUAUCUUUGGGGCCUCUGUCAACUGCAUCCCGUGGGUCUAUGUCCCGGAGAUUCUUCCGCUACAUGCGAGGGCUAAGGGGACGGCCGUGGGGGUUUCAUCGAAUUGGAUCUGCAACUUCUUCGUCGUCACGAUCACGCCCAUCAUCAUCAACCGGCUGCAGUGGAAGGCAUACCUGAUCUUCAUGUGCACCAACCUCGCCGUCGUCCCGCUCGUCUACUUCUGUUACCCUGAAACGGCCAACCUGACGCUCGAGGAGAUCGACUACCUCUUCACGAACCCGGAUAAAAGCGCCGUGAAGAUCUCGAAGGAGAUUCGCAAGGAGCGGAGAACGCAUGGCCAGGGCCGGAGGUUGGCGGGGGAUGCUCGUCUGCGGCGUGCAAGCUCUCCGGCUGAUAGUCAGGAGAAGGGGUCGGGGGUUCAGCCGUUAGGGGAAUAUGUUGAGGAUGCUUGA